AUGGUCACCGACGUCAAUGCCAAUCUCGCCCACCCGUUAGAUCCCCUCACGGCCCAGGAGAUCAAGCUCGCCGCGGACACUGUCCGUGCCUUCAUGGCCAAGGGCAAGUUCGAGGGAGCCCCUGCGACCCCGCUGUUCAACUCGAUCUCGCUUCUCGAGCCUCCCAAGUACGACAUCCUGCGCUGGGCCAAGACCUUCACCCCCAAGGAGCUCGCCGCGGUCGGUGCUCAGCUCAAGCCCAUCACCCGCCAGGCUGAUAUCCACAUUAUCUGCAACCAGUCGAACCAGGCUUUCGAGGCUAUCGUCGACCUCCCCUCCAACCUGAAGGGCGAGGACGCCUGCCCCGAGCCCAAGGUCUCGAGCUGGAAGCUUCUCGAGAAAAACAUUCACCCCUCGCUCCAGACCGAGGAGCUCCUCUGGGCCGAGGAGAUCUGCCGCACCGACCCCAAGGUCAAGGAGGCGUGUGAGGCUGUCGGCCUGAAGCAGACCGACAUCUACGUUGACGGCUGGUGCAUUGCCGUCGACGAGCGCUUCCCCGGUCGCCGCCUGCAGCAGUGCUUCGUCUUUGCCCGCUCCCGCCCCGGCGACAACCUCUACGCUCACCCCUGUGACCUUAUCCCCGUCCUCGACUCGAACUCAGGCGAGAUCCUCACGAUCGACUACCCGCAUUCGCACUCGACGACCGACAAGCACUCUCCCUCCGGCUCAGAUGCUUACGCCAAGGCCGAGCCCCGCGAGCGCUUCGCGCCGCCCAAGACCAACCACAACUACCUCCCCGAGCAGAUCAUGCAGGAUGAGCCGAACUUCAAGCUCCGCGAGGGUCUCAAGCCCCUGCACGUCAUCCAGCCCGAGGGUGUCUCGUACUCGCUCGCCGGCCGCAUGAUGUCGUGGCAGAACUGGAACUUCCACAUUGGCUUCAACUACCGUGAGGGUCUUGUCAUCAGCAAUGUCACCUACGAUGACGGCGCCAAGGGCAACCGCCCGAUGUUCUACCGCAUGAGCAUUGCCGAGAUGGUCGUCCCGUAUGCGUCAACAAUCUACCCCCACCACCGCAAGCACGCCUUUGACACUGGAGAGUACGGUGUCGGCGCUCUCGCCAACUCGCUUGCUCUUGGCUGCGACUGCCUUGGUUCGAUCAGCUACAUGGACGCCGAGUUCGUUACCCGCAACGGUGGCAUCCAGACGAUCAAGAACGCCAUCUGCAUCCACGAGGAGGACGCCGGUCUGCUGCACAAGCACACCGACUUCCGCGACAACGUUGCCCACUCGGCGCGCAACCGCAAGCUCGUUGUCAGCAUGAUCUGCACCGUCGCCAACUACGAAUACGGCUUCUACUUUAACUUUGCCCUCGACGGCUCAAUCGAGCUCGAGGUCAAGGCCACCGGUAUGGUCAACGCCUACCCGCUCGCGCCCGGCGAGAAGGCCAACACCAAGAUCGAGGUCGAGGUCGCUCCCCGCAUCGCCGCCCAGCACCACCAGCACCUGUUCUCCUACCGUAUCGACCCCAUGAUCGACGGUCUUCAGAACCGCGUCGUCCAGGUUGACGCUGUCCAGGAUGAGGCGCCCGUUGGCUCUGAGGAGAACUUCUACGGCAACGGCUUCCACACCGAGAAGAAGGUCUACAAGACCUCCAAGGAGGCGUGCUCCGACUACGAGGCCAAGAGCUCGCGUGUCUGGUCCAUCGAGAACCCGAACAAGCUCCACUACGCCACCGGCAACCCGAUCGGCUACAAGAUCAAGUGCAAGGACAUGCCUCCUCUCCUCGCCAAGCCCGGUUCGAUGGUGUGGAACCGCGCCCCCUGGGCCCGCCACAACAUGUUCGUGACCAAGUUCCACGACGACGAGCUCUUCCCGUCCGACGUGCACAUCAACCAGAACCCUGGUGCCGAGAAGUUCGGUCUCCAGAACUGGGUCGACCGCAACGACAACGUCGACAACGAGGACAUUGUCUGCUGGCCCAUGUUUGGUGUCACGCACAUCUCGCGUCCCGAGGACUGGCCCAUCAUGCCCGUCGAGAUCCUCCGCUGCCACGUCGUGCCCAACGGCUUCUUCGAUCGCCACCCGGGUCUCGACAUCCCGUCCAAGAAGGACAUGAAGAGCCGUAACGCCAACGAGGCCUUUGUCGGAAACGCCCCGUAUGCUAACGGCAACGGUGUCGCGACCAACGGAGGCGGCUGCUGCAGCGGCCGCGCUUAA